AUGCUGACUGAAGACGGCGGUCUGGAUACUACUUCUGAGGAAUACCGUCGACUAUCGAAGGCGGAGAGAAGGAAAAGACGACGUGCCACUCCAAAGUACCGUAAUUUGCAUGCUACACGUGAAAGGUAUCACAAUUCGUCUUCAAAAUAGUUCAAUUUGAAUCAAUUUUGCAGAAUCCGCGUCGAAUCGUUCAAUAUGGCGUUCGCUCAACUGCGUGCUCUGCUGCCAACGCUUCCUGUCGAGAAAAAACUUUCGAAAAUUGAGAUUCUCCGUUUCUCGAUUGCUUAUAUUAGUUUCCUUGAUAACCUUCUAAGCUGA